AUGCGAAGUAGGAAACGCCACUUCUCUCUUCCUUACCGUGGUCUAACGGCCUUGCAGAAUAACAGCGGACUCUGGGUCUGCAACGAUCAAGAUGCCGACAUUACGGUGAAUAUGUAUGUAUGGGUCUCUUCGGUCGCGGAGACAAUACUCUUGUCCUGCUCGGAAGACGAAGGCCCGGUCUCGGGAAGGCUUUACGCGGACGACCAAGGCGGCUACAACGUCAACGUCGGGUUCUGCGAUGCUACGGACCCCGAAGAUGUUGGUCCUUCAGCUUAUGCCGACGACUGGCCAGGACCUGUCGGAACGCCAACCUUACAGUGCGACGAUGGUGGUGCGGAACCCUGUGCCACCACUGUGAACCCUUGGGACGUGGAGGGUUCUGGGGCCGCUUGA